UCCGCGUAGGCGGCCGAGCCGCCCUUCCGCCUACACCCCCCGGGCAGGGGGUCGCGGACUCUUUCUUACUCUGAGUACUGGACGGCCCCUCUCAGGAGUGAAUCGGGCUUGGGAUUCAUGCCUGAUGUGCUUUUGAGAGAAGAACAGAAUCCGUUACACACUGCGUUUUGGAAAACUCUCCUUCUCAUGCAUUUUGGAAACUAACUGAGUUAAGUAGAAGUUCAUCAUGGGAGGAGCUGUGAGUGCUGGAGAAGACAACGAUGACUUAAUUGAUAACUUGAAAGAAGCUCAGUAUAUUCGCACCGAGAGUGUGGAACAAGCCUUCAGAGCAAUCGAUCGUGGUGAUUAUUAUCUGGAAGGAUACAGGGACAAUGCUUAUAAAGACUUGGCCUGGAAGCAUGGAAAUAUACACUUGUCAGCCCCCUGCAUUUAUUCCGAAGUCAUGGAAGCACUGAAGCUUCAGCCUGGAUUGUCUUUUCUAAAUCUGGGUAGUGGAACCGGAUAUUUGAGUACAAUGGUGGGAUUAAUAUUAGGACCUUUUGGGAUAAAUCAUGGAAUAGAGCUUCAUUCAGAUGUGGUAGAAUAUGCCAAGGAAAAAUUGGAGAGCUUCAUAAAAUAUAGUGAUAGCUUUGAUAAAUUUGAGUUCUGUGAGCCUGCCUUUGUGGUUGGUAAUUGUUUGGAAAUAGCCUCAGACAGUCAUCAGUAUGACCGGAUUUACUGUGGAGCUGGAGUCCAGAAAGACCAUGAAAACUACAUGAAAAUUUUACUGAAAGUUGGAGGCAUUUUAGUAAUGCCUAUAGAAGAUCAGCUAACACAAAUCUUGAGAACAGGACAGAACACGUGGGAAAGUAAAAAUAUCCUUGCUGUUUCAUUUGCUCCGCUCGUGCAACCCAACAGAAAUGACAAUGGCAAACAUGACACCGUGGGACUGCCUCCGUGUGCUGUUAGAAAUCUCCAGGACCUAGCUAGGAUCUAUAUCAGACGCACCCUUAGAAACUUCAUAAAUGAGGAAAUGAAAACCAAGGGUAUUACUCAGAAGGCUCCUCCAAAACGGAAACGCAGGAGAUGUCGUAGACGGAGGAUUAACACCUAUGUAUUUGUUGGAAAUCAGCUCAUUCCUCAGCCUCUAGACAGCGAAGAAGAUGAAAAGAUGGAAGAUGACAACAAAGAGGAAGAGGAUAAAGAUCACAGUGAGGCCUUGAAGCCAGAGGAGCCUCCUCGAAAUCUGCUGAGAGAGAAAAUUAUGAGUCUACCAUUACCUGAAUCUUUAAAAGCAUACUUGACCUAUUACAGAGAGAAAUAACUUGUUUUAAGUAGAAAUAAUGCCUACUGAUAGUUCCUUUAUUCUUGAAAAUGUAGCAUUUAUUAGGAAAUAGAUGGACAAAUUAUUAUUAGUCUUUCAUCAAGACCGAAGUACAGUGAUAAAUUGUAACUUAUCUCUAUCUUGUCUUUGCUACAAGGUAGACUUGCAUUCAGCAGUAGAAUCCCUUUUUAAAAAUCUAUUUUUCUUUAAAUUUUGAAAAUGCUGUUUUAACUCUGAUAGAAAUAUAUAUUCCAUUAUUCAGCACUAAUCAAUAUUUUGCAUGGUAAGUCUUUUUUGAUCCCGGAGAGAUUUGUAUUGAUAAAAGGGUGAGUGAAAUUUUAUAUAUGCUAAAUAAUUGUUAAACAUGUGCAUCUGACUUGAGCAGUUUGUCUGUAUUUAUUCUUAAGGGAACACUUUAAACAUGCAGACGCUUAUCUUCAGAUGUCAGAAUCAAAACCCCCUUCAAAGUUUAUUUUAGUACGGCUUUGUUGCAAUCAUUAUUACUAUGUUGGUAUAGGUGUAUUCCAACGACACAAGUGCAAUAAUUGUGUACAAACACUGAAUGAGCUGGCUUUAACGAAAACAAAUAGUUUCGACAUGUCACACGGUCCCGCUACUUCUGCAUUUACCUUUUGCCAAAAGAUUUUGAGAAAAGUAACAGCUUCUUUCAGAGCCUUAAGAAACAUCGUAUUGAAUAUAAAAUAAAGCAAUGUUUACUUCAGCGCUGCUUAUUUAGCUCCAUUGUACACUUUCAGUAUUUCGAUUUAGAGGCACUUCCUCAUUUCCAGGAAGUUUAGGAUAGUACAUCUUGUUUAUUUCUAAAGCUCACAGCAUUGAGACACAACGUUUGGUAAUAAAGAUUGUAAUUUAGAUUUCAAUCAUCUAUUUACUGCUUUUAAGUAGAGAUAGAAUUUAGGUAACGUUUAGUUUGUAUUGCUUAUUGGGAUAGCUAUAACAGUAGAAGUUAGGAUUAUUUCAGCAAAUGCACUUUAGUAAGUGGAUUUUAUACUUAACGUGCAUCUCCAAGACGAUAGAUUUGUGCUGACCUGCAUUUUAUUUUUGUUUUGUUUCUGAACAUGGCUCUUAGCGCAAAAUGUAUUUAUAAAAUCAUAUUCAUCUUUUGGAAACUGAAGAGUAGCGGUGCAACAUUGGGGGCUCGCAAGAGUGCUGAUUUAAAUACUUUUAUCAUUUUCCUCUGUUUUGUGAAGUUACUUGCAGUUCUUUUUAGCUUUGUGUUGCUUUUUGCUAUCUUCUAUUUCUUCAUUUUCUGUUGUAAAAACCACGAGGGAAAUUGUGUUUAUUAAGAUAUGCAUUGGAAGCCAUGGUCAGUAACAUCAUCUGUCUGUUGGACCCAGUGGAAAACAUCUCCUUUGAAAAAACAUCCUGCACAAUACACUUACAAUAUUGAUACAAUUUUUCCUAGUAUAGUAAUGAACCAGUAUCAAACAGUAAUUAAAACAUAAAUCAUUUUUCUUCAUCAGUUAAAUUUCCCAGUCCAGAUACUUACAAGCAGGCAAUGUACAUGUGGUGUGACAGCUCAGUAGUCAUUUAAAAUGUGUUCAUUUUGUUACAUUUGAGAAGAAAAAUAGUACAUAACCCCAUUCAUACUACUUAUACAUAAUAUCCCCAUAUGCAUAAAUACUGACUCUCCAGUGUGCAUUUCAUGCUAUAGUCAGUUUUGUUUAAUGUUUAAAUGGAACUUCAUGAAGGCCUGUUGUACCAGCAUGUGGAGUUACUUUCCGCAAUAUAUUUACAGUGUAAGUAAACAAACUAUUUGAAGUAUUCUGACUUUAUUUUAAAAGCAGGAAAAAUUAAUUAAAAAGUUUUCCAAAAUAAUGGUACUAAUAAAAUAAUUGUGAUGCUUCAAGUGUAGGAACUGAACUUUUUUUAAUGGAUUAUUUUAGAUGGAGUUUAAAUGAAUUGAAGUUUGAAAUGUUUUGUCUCUCUCCUUUCUUGGAAUCUACAUCCAUAAGUUCAAGAAUGAGAUUACUAAAUAUUACUUAUAUACUUUAAAGACUUUAUACAGGAUGCUUUUGGAGAAUAACUUUCUGCAUUUUCUCACUCCUGUGUACUUGGAAGAAUGGACAACAGAUGACUUGUCAUGAUUAUUCAGUAUGUAUUUUUUGAGUCACUGAAAGAAUUUGUUUUGUUUUAUA